UCCACAUCAUCCUGCAUUGUUUACAUAUCUUAUAAACGCAGUGCACGCGGCAAUCAUUAGAUCUUCCAAUCCUUCUCUUCAUCACACGGCCACUUUUUGCUGUCAAAAUGGCAGCCCCGCAGCUGCCCGACUUCCAUGCCAUAAGGCAACACUUUAACGCCCUGGGGGACCAGCUCCAGCGCUUCGCAAUUGUCCCUGAUAUGCAGGAGGGCCAGCUUCUUCACAAUAUCAUACAACAAAAUAAUGACAUCCUUCAACAACUUGUCACAUUAAAUCACCGCGUCGACGGGCUGAGCAACAAGUUGGACCAGCUUGAAAACAGGUUUUGGCAGACCAACAACAGGCUACCAACACCGGAAUACCUCGAGGGCCUACACAACAUGCAGACAAACGGGCUGAUUCCUAAUCUCCCUAAUACAGUGCAAGGCAUCCAGAGUCUUAACCUGAACAAUGCCAACCGCAUUCUCGAGGAGCUUGGACACGAGCCGAGUGGAAACUUAGUGGCCCGGAAGCGCCGGAUCCUGCUGGAAUUCGGGGUCACGCAACAACUAACAGACUCCUUGCAUCAGCCAUACAAUGAACACACUAGCAGUGCUGAGUGCAGCGGCGUCGCUGACGGGUGAAAUUGGAAGGGGUUAUUUGUGGGUUGAUUGGGCUCCGGUGGCUUCACUUAGGCCUACGUUUGCAUUGAUGCGUGCAAAUCAACCAAGACGCGUGCAAUAGCGACAAAUAUUUUUGUAGAUAGGGUAAAUGGAAUCAAGGCCUUUGCAGAGUGAUAGCCCAUGAUCCUACUUGCAAAUCAUCUACAAGACGAUCAUGAGCAUCCUGCAAUUCGUUCGUCAAUUCGUUCUUCAAGUGAUCCUCCAGAUCGCCCUUGACGCCAGUAACCAUGUCUUCCAUAGAGCAACUCCACUCAUAUCUGAGUUCAUCAGCUGUCUCUUCUAUACGCGCUUCUACCUCGUCCAUGAUAUCCGGUUUCAUGCGUUUUAUGCAAUCCUCCAUCACCUCCAUCUUCCGUUCGACACGACGAAGAUCUGCCCUCGUCCUUUCAACAAUAGAUAUCAUUCGGGCGAGCAAAUCCACCGCAGUUGAUAUGUUCCCCACAGGUGGCGAAUUCACCGCAGUUGACAUGUCCCCCACAGGUGGCCGAUCCAAGCGAGGUUUUUUGGAAGGUGGCAGACCCUCUGAGAGGUCACGGCAGCGUUUUGAAUAGGGUGGAGGAUUCUUGACUUCCUCAUUGGGUCUUGAGGGCGGGCUUGUUUGAUCCAAAUUUAAGACACACCCGCCCUUGCCCUCGUAGAGUGUCGUGAUGUCGGCAGUCGAAUUGUCAGGCUUUAAUCGACCCUUAGAUACUAACGUGCAAAGCGAUAUCAAUUGUGAGGCGGGAAACGCAUCAUCGGCAAUAUGAAUCGUCAGGGUAGUCUGAGUUGUGAGAUAUUGCGCAUAGGCCGAAGCCCGGUCCAUCACCUUGUGUAGAAAUGUUGUGGAAUCUCGAGGACCGACAAGCGACGCGGGCUUCUCUAGCACAAAUCGCAGGGAGGUCGUUUGGGUUGUGCCACGCGCGCACCUGAGAUGGCGGGCUAUUUGGGGGUCUGUACAUUGUUCCGUGGAGACAGAGGCGAUCUGCUCAGGGGAGAUGAGGAGAUAGGCAUAUUCGGCCGAGUCUUGCGCGAUUGCGGGAAUGAGGAGCAGGCGGAACCUGAAAAAAGCGGUGCUCAGUUCGUCGUCGAACACGAGACGAAGCUUGUCAGUCUUGGAAGGCUGCUUGCGCACUGCCUCUGGCGCGUCAAUUAAGACUCGUCGCGUUGCUGAGACACGGCGGACUGGUUCGGACAUUUCCAACACUCGUUCGUCCCUAGACAUGGGUUAGCGACAGGAUUCAAGCAGUGUGGCGGCGGAGAAGAAAGCCCCCUGGAUGAACAGGACUCCCACCCACCCGGGCUUUUCAAGUUGAUCGAGAGUAGCCCUGACUCCGUGCUGGGGACAAUUCAAAGGGUAUAAGAUAAUGGACAAUUCGGUGCAGUCAAUCGUGCCCGCUCAGCAAUAGCGCGAGAACGGAAACCAUUGUGUUCAGUCUAGCAAGCAAGGUGAUUCCAAAGACAGGGCCUGAGAUGAUCCGCCUGGUAGGCUGAUUCCUGAGACAGCGCCUGUGGAGACCCCCAACGCCCUGCCCAAAACCCAGGGGCUAGAAAGCCAGGCCUGUAGCUUGGUAAUGGGCACAACUGAACAAAUGAUUUCCGCGUACAAUGCGUGGGUGUGCAAUGCAAUGUUUCGAGUAUUGCGUGUGCGACAGGAUUGACUGAAGAGGGGUGUUCGAGUUAAGGAAGGGAAGAGGAAAU